UGAAGCGCGUCUCUCCGGAUCAGGUGCGCGGGCAUUUCUUUAAUUUACCUGGGAUGAUGAUUCCUGUUUAUUUUUCAUCGAGCGCGCAGGGGGAAGUGUGGAUUUAAAGUUUGGAUCUUCUCCUUCUGGGAUUUUUUAAUUUUUUAAAGGGGAUGGCAAUUCAUGAUUGGAGAUGCACGCGCCUUGUUUAACACAUCAGUUAAUCCUGGAUGGAUGUUAUCGCGGCUGUUCUGGCACAUGAUCGUGUGUCUACAUUCACAUCGUGGACACCUGUCGUGCUGAUAGAUAGCUGUGUGCUCGCCCGCUCGGAUUCUCGUGCACGUGAAAAUCACUCCGUGGUCUUUUCUCGAGGAAAGUUUGUGACUGGGACGCGGUGGAGGAUGAAGCCAGCGCACCUUUUUGGGCUUCUUUGCGGACGCGGAGCUCAGUGACUGCUCCUUGCACGUGCUUUUAAUAUAAUUUAUGAUUCGUGGAUGGAUUUGUGAUCGGGCGCUUCGGGGGUAGAGCUGGAGAAUGUGUAUCCGAACUGUGGAGUCCUGCUCGGGCUGGAGGGGAGAGCAGCGGAUGUACGGAUCUCUUCCUGGGACCACAGGUGUUCCUUGUAAACAGUGACUCCAAAUCCCAAAAUGCCGAGCUGUGGCUAGAGAGGCUGUCCUGUGGGUCGAGCUGACCUGUGUCUUCCUCCCUGCACCUCCUCUCCUCAUCAUUUCCUAGUUCCUUGUCCUCUCCCCCUUUUUUCCUCCUCUUCAACCCUUCAUCCUCCCCUUCCUCUUCCUCCCUUUCUCUUCCUAUCUCUAUCCCACCACCUCCUCCUCUUCCUCCCCCCCACAGCACACAUGCAGGCCAAGAAGCGGUACCUGCUCGUGUCUGUGGGGGCCGGUCUUCUCUUCCUCGUCUACCUGUGGGGUCUGCAGAUUGGGGAGUUCCAGCAGCAGCCGUACCAAUAUCACCAGUUUCCCCAGUACCCCCAAUACCACCAGAGCCAGGAGGCGUACCAGCCCCUGCCACAGAGAAGCCCGUCCAGACCACCCAGGCACUGGCCGGAGUCCACCCAGCAGCUGGAGCCGUACCUGGAGGGAGGAGAGCAAGAGGAGGACAGCCCUCAGCUCCAUCACCAGCACACGUCGCCUCGUGAACGACGAGCGAUCCGCGACAACAUCUACAAGAACAAGCGCUGCCGCAUGGAAACCUGCUUCGACUUUGCUCGCUGCCAGUCGGGCUUCAGGGUUUACAUCUACCCUCCGCAGAGAGGGGACGAGAUCUCCGAGACCUACCAGAAGAUCCUGUCGUCCAUCGAGGAGUCUCGCUUCCACACCAAAGACCCUUCGCGGGCCUGUCUCUUCAUCCUGGCCGUGGACACGUUGGACAGGGACCAGCUCUCUGCUCAGUACGUCCAGAACGUCAGGCUCCGCAUCCAGAACCUGCCCACGUGGAACGAUGGCAGGAACCACCUCAUAUUCAACCUCUACUCUGGCACCUGGCCGGACUACACCGAGGAUCUGGGCUUUGAAGUGGGCCAGGCCAUGCUGGCCAAGGCCAGCGCAGAUGUGGUCAACUUCCGACCCAACUUUGAUAUCUCCAUCCCUCUAUUCUCCAAGGAUCACCCGCUCAAAGGAGGGGGCAUAGGUUAUCUGACGCUCAACGAUGCACCGCCUUCCAGGAAGUACCUGCUGGUUUUCAAAGGGAAGCGAUACCUAACGGGCAUCGGUUCUGAGACGAGGAACGCUCUGUAUCACAUCCACAACGGGGAAGAUAUUAUUCUGCUGACUACAUGUAAACAUGGCAAGGACUGGGAGAAACACAAGGAUUCUCGCUGCGACAGAGAUAAUGAAGUAUACUCAAAGUUCGACUACCAGGAGCUGCUGCAUAACUCCAGCUUCUGCCUGGUGCCCCGGGGCCGACGUCUUGGAUCUUUCCGUUUUCUAGAAGCCCUGCAGGCGGCUUGUAUCCCGGUUAUUCUGAGUAACGGCUGGGAGCUUCCCUUCUCCGAAGUCAUCGACUGGAGGAAAGCCGCCAUCCUUGGAGACGAGAGACUUCUGUUACAGGUUCCCUCUAUUACCCGGUCUGUGGGCCGUGACAGGAUCCUGGCUCUCCGCCAGCAGACUCAGUUCCUCUGGGACGCCUACUUUUCCUCUGUAACCAAAAUCGUCUUAACUACUCUGGAGAUCAUCCAGGACCGCGUGGACUCCCAUGUGUCCAGAAACCGGUUGUUGUGGAAUUCCCUCCCUGGUGGUCUCCACGCACUCCCCCAGUACUCAACUGACCCCUCCCAGUUCCCUUUUUACUUUGCCAUACUGGGUAAGAGCCCGUCGCAGCAGUUCACAGCUGUGAUCCAUACGGUUACUCCUCUGCAGUCCCAGAUCUCCCCUGUGGUGAAGCUCAUCAUCGCUGUAGCCAAGUCCAAGUUCUGUGCACAGAUUGUGGUUUUAUGGAACUGCGACAAGCCUUUACCUCCUCGGAACAAGUGGCCCUCCACCAGCGUGCCUCUCACUGUCAUUGAAGGACAGACCAAGACGAUGAGCAGUCGUUUUUUCCCGCACGACGUCAUCCUCACAGACGCCGUCCUCAGUCUGGAUGAAGACUCGGUUCUCUCAACAAAUGAGGUGGAUUUUGCCUUUAUUGUCUGGCAAAGCUUUCCUGAGCGCAUCGUUGGUUAUCCAGCAAGGAGCCACUACUGGGAUAGUUCAAGAUCCCGCUGGGGCUACACCUCCAAAUGGACCAAUGACUUCUCCAUGGUCCUGACGGGGGCAGCUUUCUACCACAGAUACUACCACUACCUGUUCACCCACUACGUCCCCGCAAGCCUGCUGACCAUGGUGGACCGCAUGGCUAACUGCGAAGACAUCCUGAUGAACUUCCUGGUUUCGGCCGUUACCAAGCAGUCGCCGAUCAAAGUCACGCAGAAGAAGCAAUACAAGGAAACCAUGAUGAGCCAGGGCUCCAAGUCGUCUCGUUGGGCCGACCCAGACCACUUCGCCCAGCGACAGACCUGCAUGAACGCCUUCAGUCACUGGCUGGGUUUCAUGCCCCUGGUGCACUCCCAGAUGAGGCUGGACCCCGUGUUGUUCAGGGACCAGGUUUCCAUCCUGAGGAAGAAAUACAGGGACAUUGAGAGGCUGUGAAUGCACGAGGACAACCCACGCACCAAAUCGUGUGUGUGUUCGAGAGGUCGUGACAAGAAUACAACCAUUGAAUGUGAACAUUUGUGAGGCUAUAAAGGAAAACUCACACGUGGACAAUGGACAUAAAGAUGAUAAAAAAAAAAGGUACGCAUAAGACGUUUAACUGCGUGGAAGAAAACACAGAUUCUAUAUGCGUGGUUGAUAACAGAGAGUGACUGUGCAUACCCGCCAUCUGUGACAAUACACAUUAAUAUGAAUGCAUGGAUACACGUGCAACAAAGACCUGGACACAUUCGAUUAGACCACAGACAUACUGUAUGUGUUGCAUGGUUUGAACAAGACAACUGUACAAGGACCUGAAAAACAUGUGUUUGAAUUAAAAAAAAGAAACUCUAAGAGCUGUUUAUUGUUUGAAGAGGAGGAUACAGUGUGAUGUUGGACACAAGAUUUAUGGGUAAAGAUUGUAUUCAUAGAGUCAAAGGAUGUACAGUUAAGACACAUUGUGGACAAAAUUGUAGUUUCUGGGUCGGGCCACAUGAGAGCUGCUCCCCCCACACACCCUGAGACAUGGCAACAUGCCUCUUGUAUACUAUUGUAGAUUUUCAGCAGCAGUUCAUGUCUGUAUGAAGCAAAUACAAAAUAAAAUAAAGAGAUGUUAUGGUAUGAGA